CUCCCUGGCACUCUUUUCUUUGUCUCCCAACACUUCCCAGUACAAUGAACCAGAAUCGGUGGCUUCUUCAAACAUCAAACUCGUGCUGAACACGGUAACCCACAAGAACAACACAACAUGCAGUCGAUAAUAUGCAGAGCUAGAGAAAAAGUUCGCCGAAUCAGAGGUGGCUGAAAAAAGUGAGAUGAUAGCCACCUGCACCUCAAACCGAAACGUGUAUGUGGGCAGCUACUUAAAUCGUAUUUAAGCCAGGGGUUAAGGCCACCAGAAGACAGUUCAACAUUUAAGUUUUCGUCAAGAGUUAGCACAAAAUGUAUUUUCCUGUGGUCUUUUUCCUAGGGAUCUGCCUAAUGGCGGCAUUUGCUCAAGAAAUACCUACAAGUCAAACGGAUGGAUCUGGAUCUGGAAGUAUCUUUCCCGACUUUGAUGAUAUCGAAGGGGUCAUUCCGACUUCCGACAACCCUAUAACUACAGGCACCACCACGGAAAGCACCACCGAAGGCUCAUCUACUGAUUCUACUACUUUGGCUAGAGGAUCUAGUAGCACUUUGGGACCGUCUACUAGUUCUACUACUGAGGCAGCCACAACUUCUGUUUCCCCCACAUCAGCAUCCACAACAUCUUCUGCCACAAGUCCUACAUCCACCUCUUCUUCAACUUCUUCUUCAAGUCCUGAUUCUACAACAUCUGAUUCUACGUCCACUGCGUCUGCAGCCACGGAUUCUACAACUACGGAUGCAACUAGUCCCGAAUCUACUACCCCUUCUAUAACCUCAACUCCUGCUACUUCUGAAGCUCCGACCACAUCUACUUCAACCAGUCCUGCCGAUACUACUCCUGCACCUACUACUCCUGCUUCUACUACUCCUGCCUCUACUACUCCUAGUUCUACAACUCCUACCUCUACUACGCCUGCCUCUACUACUCCUAGUUCUACUACUCCGGCCUCCACCACUGAAGCUCAAACUACAACGAUUGCCACCACAACCUCCCAACCAUUACCAGAAGAAGAGCAGAUUCUGGCUUUACUUUUGUCAAAUGCCGAAUCAAUUGCUGAAAGUACUGUCCUGGUGAACUUCAUCUCCGCCUCAUACUCUAACAUCGAUGCAACCCUGGAUCUGCAGGCACUGUCCCUUAACCUUAUAGAGCCCCUGGAAAAUGUGCUACAAAACUUGACCCGGGAUGUCUACCUUACCCAAGCCGAAGUGCUUGAUGGCUUUCUAAAUACCCUUAAAAACAUUGACUUUAUAGCAAACCGUACAAGUGAUAACCUAUCAAGUAUUCUUCAAAUCCAACAAAAUACUAAAAAUAUUGUUAAAGACUUUGAGGCUAAGGUUUCCCAAACUCAGGAAAGUAUUAUACUCAGCUCGAAGGGAUUAGAAGAAAAGCUCCAGCUGGUGACCCGAAUUCUUCAGGAUUAUAUCAAGCCCAAGGUAUCUGGGCUAACGGAAUCCAUUGACCAUCUUAAUGUGUCCCAAGUCAACUCUUUAGCGGAAUUGAGAAAUCUUCCAUUGAUCCAAAAUCUCACAGGAGAAUCCAUUAUCAAGCUGAGUCUACUGAAUAACGAACUCUCUAUUUUUUAUGAAACCCAGGAGAACCGUGUGAAUACUUUAUCAAACACUCUUAAAGAAUGGAUUCCCACUGACCUGGAUUUAAUUGAGGAUCUUCUCCAGGUUCUAAGUAUUUCCCAAAAAAAGACGGACUUGGCCAUUGCUGUCUGCGAUAAUGCUUCUCAUAAAUAUAGCUGUUCGUCAAAGAACUACGAGAAAAAGUAUAGCCCCGAUGGAAGGUCGUCAAAAGACUACGAGGAAAAGUAUAAUUCCGAUGAAGAAUCAGAUGGAGCUUACUAUGAGGAAGUAGCAGAUUACGAUUCAUCUUCCUGGAGCGUAGCAUCAAACUAGAAAAAUAAAUCAAAUGUACCAUUCUUUCUCGACACUAUCGAUUCGCAAUAAAGAACUCUUUAAAAUCCUA